GCCACGGUGUGGCAGUCGUUCGACCACCCCACGAACGCGCUCCUCGUCGGGCAGUCGCUGAAGCACGGCGCUCGGCUCACCGCCAACGUGUCGGCCGCGGACUGGCGCGAUGGCCGGCUCUACCUCGCCGUCGGCGAUGACGGCCUGAGCGCCUACGUCAACGCCGCGCCGCCUCAGCGCUACUACCAGCUCGGCCUCAGCGAGACCUCACCCGGCGCCUACGCAACGUACACCAAUGGCAGCCUCACGGUGUCCGCCCGGCCCGGAGCCCCGCCUCUGGCAGCCAUGGAGCUGCCCACCGUCGGCGCCGGCACGGUGCAGUACAUGCGGCUGGAGCACGACGGCCACCUCCGGAUCUACGAGUGGCGCUCGGGCUGGGCGCCGGUGUUCGACGUGCUGCGCCUCUUCCCGGAUGGCGGCUGCGCAUUCCCGACAGCGUGCGGCGCGUACGGCGUGUGCACGGCCGACACGCAGUGCAGCUGCCCCGACGCGGCCAACUUCCGGCCGGUGGACUUCCGGAGGCCCAACCGCGGCUGCGUCCCGACCACGCCGCCUCCAACGUCGUGCCGCCCGUCGCGGCGGCCACGCACGCAGCACCGGCUGGUGUCGCUGCCGGGCACGGCCUACUUCAACGACCACGGCACGAGCAUGCGCGCCGUGGAGAGGGUAAGCGAGGAGGCGUGCAAGAAGGCGUGCCUGGACGACUGCGCCUGCGCGGCGGCGCAGUUCUACUACGGCCCGGACGCCGGCGACGGGUCAUGCUACCUGCAGUCGGAGGUGUUCUCGAUGCAGACGGUGCAGCCGGACGUGGUGCACUACAACUCCACCAUGCAUAUCAAGGUGCAGGUCAAGCCUGCCAGGAACUGAUGACUCCUGAACACUAUACGCACAUAAUACAGUAGCAUAUGGCAUUGUCCUUGAAAAUAUGACACGAAUAAAGUUCUGGGACAUAUAUAUGUACAAAUUCCAAUAUUGAAAAAAACGGCAUGAAUCAUCUCUCCAUUCUCUCUACAUUGAGUACCUCA